UCUCACCCACUCUGUCUCCUCUGCUCUCUCUCCCUCUCCCUUCCUCCUUCUUUCCCUUCUCUGCCACUGCCGGCAUCACACUCUCUCCACUUGUUUUCUACUACCUCUUCAGACCCAGCUCUCUACCUCACUCUCCUUUCUUCACCCUCCCUCAUCUUCUCUCCUUAUUUCUCUCUCUUCCACUCUUUUUCUGUUAAUACAGAGGAAUGCAGUAUGUGGCAGGCUGUGGCUCUCUGGCUGUUGAUACUUGCGACUCUGCUCCGGGUAUCAGUGCAGGGUCCCCACCAGCGAUUUCUGCUCAGGGAGCUGCUGAGGGACUACAACCCCAUGGAGAGACCGGUGGCCAACGACUCCCAGGCUCUCACUGUUCAGUUCUCAUUCACUCUAAUGCAGGUCAUGGAUGUGGAUGAAAAGAACCAGAUCAUCACCACAAAUGCCUGGCUGCAGAUGCAGUGGUACGACCAUUACCUCCAGUGGAACCAAUCAGAGUAUCCUGGAGUUAAGAACCUCCGUUUCACUCCUGACCAGGUCUGGACACCUGACAUAUUGCUUUACAACAGUGCUCAUGAUAAGUUUGAUGCCACCUUUAAGACAAAUGUGCUGGUUAACUCCAGCGGCUUCUGUGAGUAUCUGCCUCCAGGAAUAUUUAUCAGCACAUGUAAUGUGGAUGUGCGAUGGUUUCCAUUUGACAUCCAGCGCUGUGAACUGAAGUUUGGCUCCUGGACAUUUGAUGGCUGGCUGCUGGACAUCCAGAUGAAGGAGGCAGAUGUGUCAGGAUACAUGCCCAAUGGAGAGUGGGACCUAGUGGAGGUCCCGGGAGGUCGUCAUGAAGUUUUCUAUGACUGCUGUGCAGAGCCCUACCCUGAUGUUACCUUUGUGGUGACCUUACGAAGGAGGACCUUGUUUUACGCUCUCAACCUCCUCAUCCCCUGUGUGCUCCUCUCCUCCAUGACCCUGCUGGUCUUCCUGCUCCCUGCCAACUCGGGGGAGAAGAUCAGCCUGGGCAUCACGGUUCUGCUUUCUCUGACUGUCUUCAUGCUAUUGGUUGCAGAGAUUAUGCCUGCCACUUCAGAUUCUAUACCCCUGAUAGGUCAGUACUUUGCCAGCACCAUGGUGAUUGUCGGGAUGUCAGUAGUAGCCACAGUCAUCGUCCUUCAGUUCCAUCACCACAACCCCAACAGUGGACACAUGCCUCGUUGGGUGCACUUGGUUCUGCUGCAGUGGGUUCCUUGGUUCCUGCGGAUGAAGCGUCCGGGAGAGGGAGCGGAGCCGACUCUUUCCAACAGCCAGACAGACUCUCAGAGCAAGACCCUGUCCUCUCCUACCACCACCACUACCACCACCACCAUCCCCACACCAGUGCCCUCCAACCUCCCCCAGAGCCUCAACUCCCUACAGGCCAGCCUGGCUCAGCUCAACCACCCUCUGUCACACUCACUGCCCCACCGGCCCAACUCUCAGGCUGUUAACCUCCCUAAUCCCAGCCACAGAGAUCCCAGCCACAAUCCACAUUCACAGCCCAACGGUCAUCUGCUUUACAUGGGCUUCCAGACUUUCCAGACCACUGCAGAGCUAGAGCCAGUUCAGAGGAGCAGAACCUCAAGUCAUGGGAGGAUUAACAGUGGACUAGGUGGAGGAGAAGGAGAGGGAGCAGCAGCAGGAGGAGGACCAGCUGGAGAUACACCUAUUCAUCACCACCUCCCAUCUUCCAAGUUUGGGAGCCCCCCACAGGAAACUCCUUUGUCCCCAGACCCUGACCCAUCAACCACAUCCUCUGGACCCUGUGGCCUAGAGGCUGUGGCUGGAGCAGGGAGAUCAGCUGCUAUACACACCCACAGCGGUGUGAUUCGAUCUGUGUCAGUAGACAACCAGCUGCAGGCUCUUCUGGGAGAGGUGCAGUUUUUAGUUGAACGCGUUAGGGAGCAGGACCGCCAGCUCAGUUUGGCGGAGCAGUGGCAGUUUGCUGCAGCUGUCAUCGACCGCCUGUUCCUGGUGGGAUUCAGCGUUUUCAACAUCAUCUGUACCAUUGCUAUUCUCAUGGCUGCACCAAACUUUGGAGAAGCACUGUCAAAAGACUUCCUCUGACAGAACAAAAAACACAGAGAUUUGAGAGUGGGAGAUGUUAAGGUAUAAUACAGAUAAAGAUUUGUUGGAAGCACAAUUGCUGUUAAUGACACUGGGACAUACAACAGCAAAUAUUUCCUAUUCAGUAAGCUGGAGUGGACUAUGAUUCAGAAACAUUACGGUGCGAUUCUUAACUUGAAAAGUCUGCCAUUUUUCAUGAUAAAUCACGCUCACAUUUACCGUUCACACAUUCUUUUUGCAAUGGUUUCUGUUGAAGUUUGAUUGAUGUGUUUGUUUCUCCCAAAAGGCAGCACUCCACAGCAGUAAAAAAUUUAAAUAAUCACCUCAUGCCUUGCUCAUUUGGGUGAAUUUUAUUUUCAAGGAAUGGACUGACAACUGAAAUUGAAUUUCAUCAGAGCAUCAAAUGUCUCAUUGGAAUAUCGAUGACGGUUUGUGGACUAAUCAACAAAAUCAUCAGUGAAUUUUUUUUAACAGUUAAAUAAGGAUUUUUUUGGAAUAGUUUAGUGAAUGAGGAUCCCAAAGGAAAUGAAUUUAUGUGAAAACUGGGAAGCAUGACUUCAUUAAAUUUGUUAUAAAGUAUUUGUACUAUCGUCUUGAGAUGCUACAUGGAGAUGCUCAGUAGAAAAACUGGAAACUGAUGUGCUGCAUGUAAAAUGAUGAGCUUUUACAAACAUGCAGGAUUAAUUUCACAGUUUACACUUUCAGAGUUACAUUAAAAUUGACUAUGUUUACUGUUUACUGAUAGUCUUCCAUUGAUUAUCAGUGGACAUUUUUUUGUUACAUGCUUCCCCAAAUUUUAUGAAUACUGCGGUACACACAUUUUGUUACGACUGAGGGGUUUCUCUGCAGGAUUUUAUUAUUUGAUUUUUGUAGAAUUUCAAUUCAAUUCUCACUUUCAUUCAAGGUUUUCCCAAGUGUUUUUUUCUUUUAAUAUGAUGUCCAAAGUCAUUGUGAUCAGUAUUGUUCCACAUGAAUAUUCUGUUCCUGAGAUUAAAAACAGAAAAAGAAGAAUCUUGUCACAAUAAUACAUGCAGUGGGAUGAUGACAUUGGUGAUUAAUUUCUGCAGCACCAUGUUAGCUUCAUAUUAUACUGUAGUGCUUACUAUGAUGCAGAAAACAUACUAAUAUCCCUAGAAAAAUAUGCCAACUACUGCUGAAGGGAUUUAUUUUUAAUUAUUAUUAAAUGAAUUAUUUAUUCAUUUUCGAUAAAUCUAAACUGUGUACAAUGACAUGAUAUCUCAGCUGAGAGGGUUGGAUAAAGUAGUCUCUCUCUUGUUUCAGAAUAUAGGAUACACUUUGAAAACAGCUAGAACAAAGAUUUCAAAGCUUUGGUUUUAUUCGUGAUGUGGAACAUUAUUGUCUUUCUGUACAGACACACAUAAGGUUCAGAUUGCAAUGUGUGAAUGAAGGAAAUUAUAGGUCAUAUCACAAGGUUUUUUAUCUUAUUGACAAACACACCACAGCAUACCUCACACUCUUGUGUAUGCAGAAAAUUAUAAUCUCCACGAUCCUGACUUUGAAUGUAAAUCAUACCAUUUAUUUUGCAGAAGUGUUGGACAUUCGAAUGCCAAUAGGUUGUGACAGACCGAGCUGUGAACAUUGUGAAAUAAACUGUCUCGUCUUUUGUACUCUCUA